CGUCAAGCGACUGCCUAGCAAUUCGAUCUUGCACAAAUUACUUCGAAUAACUUUUAUUCGUUCUUGGUUCAUUGCCUCAGCGCUGCAAGGGAUAGGCUGUGUCGGGACCGGCAUUCGUGACGACCGCCACAACAACAAAAUGGCAACCCAGGGAAUAUGCAGCGAAAUGAAACUGCAGACAACCAAGCGGCCAGCCAAUGCCCUAGUCCAUCGUCGAGUAUUCAGCCCCAAACCCUUCACAAGUUUCCCAUCUUCAUCUUCGGGGACGCCUGCAGCAAUUCGCUUGCCCAAAGCAGGCACAGCCCCUAGACGGCAUGGCUUCACGCUCUGCAAUGCCGCCGCGGUCGUGGACCCUCCAGCUGCCGCCCCAACGCCCUCGCUAGCCGAACUUCCCAUCUGCUCCAUCAUCAACACCCAGGGCAUGGUGCUCCCCGACGUGCCCGACGGCAUGCGCGGCUCCACCUACGCCAUCUAUGAUGAAAAACAAAAGCUGCAGUACGUGGGUACGACACCCGACCUGCGGAACGCGCUGCGUACGGCACUUGGUCGCCGCCCGGAGAAGGCCUACUACUACAAGGCCGUGUCGCUGCCCACCAGCGAGCCCUCCGCGCUGCAAGCGGUGCGGGACGCCUGGUUCGCCGAGUGCGGGGGACAGCCCAACGGCAACCGACUUGCCAUGGAGCGCUCCCUGUGGCAGCAGCCGGUGGACGCGGGCGCCAUCAGCGAGCGGGGGCGGCUGGGGGCGGCGGAGGAGCGCUGCCGGCAGCUGCAGACCAGCCUGCGGGAGCGGGGCUGUGUGGAGGAGUUCACACCCAACCCCACACUGCUGCAGGAGGGGCAGGUAGACUUCCUGCCCGCCCGCUCCCUCACCGACACCGAGCUGGCCGCGGAGCGGGAAGCCGAGGCCGCCCGCAUGCGCGGCCGCCGCUCCUGCAGCUGUCUGGUGGACGGGCAGGAGCGGGUGUUCCACACGCGCUACCCGCUGCUGUUCCCAACCAACGGGGGGGUGCUGGCGGAUGUGAGUGUGCUGUUCGAUGGGCGGGAGACGCACCACCGGGUCAUUGUGGGCAAGCAGUACUACGAGCCGUACGGCAUACCCCCCGAGGCGGCGGUGGAGGCGGGCCUGGCGCUGCUGCUGAGGGCCAAGGUGGCCCGCUCCACGGACGGGCUGCUGCUGAGCAGUCAGUUCCCGGUCAACUACUUUGCGCUGGGGCAGGUGGAGCAGUGGUACGGACAGGAGUUCAGACACGAGUUCGAGAGGGUCACAGGCGGUGUGAAGCUGCAAACGGAUGAGUCAGACGCCUGGCGCUUCAACCGACUGUACGACUACGGACCGUUGCGUAACGAAACCGCCGAGCAGUUGGCAACUGCCAUGGGCGGCGAGGUCCGUACGGAGGUGGCGGCGGCGGUGGAGGCGGCGUGCGAGGAGGGAGAGCUGGGCAGCGGGAGGGGAGGUGCGGGUGAGGAGGAGGAGGAGGUGGAGGAGGAGUUGCCGAGCGGGCAGGGCAUUCUGGAUGCAUUCUUUUGAGGAUGAGGGGGAGGAGAAGGAGUAGCAGGUGAAUAGCCGGUGGAGAUAAGGGUAAUGGUGAGCGAAUGGGGGCGGAGAGUUCGAGGAAAUGUGCAUGGGGAUGAUGGCGUGGCAAGCAUAGUGCAACGGCUAGGUGGUUGGGUGGGUCGGUAGGGUUGGAAGAGAAGUGGAGAUGGUUAGAGGUCAGGGGCGGCCCUGGCGGAGCAUAUGGCAAGAGGCGGGAUGGCAGGACGCAGGAGGAUGGUUGGUCGGGAUUUGGCGGGUGCCUUUGAACGGGCGUUCCUAGCAAGCAUGGCAAAUGAGCACUACGGGAAGCAUCUUGUAACCACUACGGGUUGAA